AUGGAGAACAAGGAGGACGGCUCCGCCAGCCGCCGCCGGCAACUCCGGCCGUUCCACUUCCAACCUGGCCGCACCUCCCUCUCCCAAAGCUCCUCCCUCCGUCGCACGUCCCAGUACAACCCGGCCGCCACCCAUUUCGCCUCCCACUCCUCUGCCUACGGAUCCAGAUGGGGAGCCGCCACCUCGUCACCACCACCUCCGCCGCUGCUCUCUCAAACCCUCGGGUCCGGCGGUGCCGCCGGGGGUGUUGGAGGGAGCUCGGCCUCUCACGCGCACGCCUCGUUGUCCGCCGCAUCCGGGUGGGAGGCCGGUUCUUCGUCGUCCCACCAGCCACAACCCCCGCCGCUCUCUGAAACCCACGGGUCGGGCGGUGGCGCCGGCAGCGUCGCGGGAAGCUCCGCCUCUUGGCAGAGCAUCUACGGAUCCUCGUCGUCCUACUCCUACUACUUCCAGGAUCAGGCUCCACCGUCGCUCGUCGGCGGCAGCGCCUUCCCGCAGUGGCAGGAGAACCUCUCCGGGUCGUCCGACUAUGAGAUGCCACCAUUGUCGCAUCCGGAGGAGCUGUAUCCCACGUCGGGCGGUGGCGUUAACGGAGGCGGAAGCGGAAGCGUGUUCCUGUUAUGGCUUGACGUGGCGUGGCCGCCCGUCACUCACGCAACCAGGCGUCAUCUGCAUCCCGUGGUGUGGCCGCCCGCGUACACGACGCCGCCGUUGUCCAGUUCGUCCGUCAACCAGGCGUCGUCUGCGUCUGGCCUGCUUCUGCAUGCACCGCAGAGCACGGCCAGCGUCUUCGGGCAGACGCACGAGGACGCGCUUCCAGUUCCACUUCCACCCCUGCCGCCACCUAUGCAGACGACGGCCAUCUACCUCCCGCCUAUGGAGACGAUCAUGGAAUUCGAUGAGACGGCGUACAUCUCGCUUUUGGACGGCGCCGACUUGGUCAGCACGCACGGUGUGAUCAACUCCUCCAGCGACGAUGACACAGACAACAACACCAGCACCAGCACCAGCGUUGCAGCGAGCUCGCCACAGCCCAUCCCUGCUCAAGCUGUGGUGAAGCAGGAACCCGUGUCUUGGUCGCCGUUGGUGACAUCCAUCUCACUGCCCAUCCUUGCUGAAGCAAUGGUGAAGCAGGAACCCGUUGCUGAAGCAAUGGUGAAGCAGGAACCCGUUGCUGAAGCUACGGUGAAGCAAGAACCCGUCCCUGAAGCUAUGAUGAAGCAGGUGUUAGACUUAGAGAUAUUUGAGUCUUUGUAA